AAUGUUUAUAAAAUGGCGGACGGUGACGGCUUUAACAUUCCGAGCACACUAAACAGCAAUGAAAUUGAAAAAGACAAAGAUAAAGAAGACUGCUGGAAACAGCUAUAUCAAGAGCUGUUGCAGAAAGAUACAACGUCAUCCUCCGAAGACAAGAUAGGCUGUUUUGGAAGACCAGGUUCUGAAAUAGACAAGAAAGUUGAAUUCAAAAAUAAGUUCGGUGAAAAAAUUUCAGCAGUACCCGUUGUGAUCGAUUUUAAUCGCGUGUUUAAACUUAAGCAAACAAAAGAUGGUAGCAGUGUUGUAUCAGGGGUUUCUAAUAGAGAUCUCCUACACGCUGUGUGUGGACUAUAUGACAUCUCCCUCCCUGACAUGGAGUCUGAAACCAUUUACAAUACAGUUUGUGCCAAGUGGGCAAGGACAAUUGUUUUAGUACAAGAUGUCAAAGAUGCUUUAAAUGAAAUGAUGGAAAGAAGUAUUAAAAAGAAGUCCAAAGUCCUAACAGAGGAAGAAAAGAAAAAAGCUGAAGAAAUUAAAUCCCGUGAAAAUGCAUGGAAAAGUAAAGUUGAUGAGAAAGAAGAUAUUUUUAAAGAGGAAGAAGAGGUGAACCUCAGUGCUUUCAUUGAUGUAUUUAGUGACACUGAUGAGGAUGAUGAUGAGGAAGAAAGUGAUGAUGAUGAGGAAGAUGAAGAUGGAUCUGAUGAGGACUAUACUAAAGGAAUUCACACAUUUAUAAGUGGAUCAUUUGAAAGACGGAAACUGCGUGAGAACUGUGACUGUUUGAUUCCAGAUGCAGCUGUUGGUAUUGAGAACAGGAUUCUAGGAUGUGUCACUUUUGAGAAGAAAUUCAUCCAACAGAAAGAACGCAUCAUCCACUUAACAUUGAUCAGUGUUAGACCCAGGUAUCGAAAUUAUAAAAUAGGUCGCUAUUUAUUAUCAAAGUGUAUCUCCCCUGCAGUGACAGGCCAGUACGAGGCAGUUGUGGUUCAUGCUGACAACUCGGCAGUAGAUUUCUUCAAGAAAUAUGGGUUUUCUUCUGAUGUCAUUUUAAACACAAAGUGGGAUGAUAUAGCAGAUGCUUUCACUAACUGUACACUGAUGAGUUAUUUCCCUGCAUUUUCUGGUCAUAAAUUGUUGUACACAGAUGUCAGUGCAGAAAUAGAUGCAGAAAUGUAUGACAUUGACCAGGAACUAGAGAUGUGGCAGAAAAAGAGCAAACAAGCAUACCAGGGACAGCUGAGCUGUGCGAUGAAGUUCAGAAACGAGAUCUUACAGUUAAAACAUAUUAUCAAGUCACAAAAUGAAUUAUUAAAAAAUUAUUUAGCUGAACACAAUGGAAACAAAGAGUUGAUGCCUUUAGAGAACGGAAUUUUAAAUCUACAACUAGACAAGCUACAAAAGUCAUUCAAAGAAUCCGUGAAACCUUUACCAGAUGAUGACAUGACACUGACGCCACCAUCAGAACCUGUGACACAGGAGUCAUCUAACAGCAGCAACGUUGACAUCAUUUCAAGGUUUGUUCAAGCCAUGGAGAUGGAUAGCAGUAUAAAAGUGUUUUAUACUGUCACUUCACUAUUGAAGGCCAAAGUCAGCUCAAAAGUGCAGGCCAAGUUUGACGCUACUGUGGCAGGUCUGGGUGACCCUAACAUGGUGACACACAUGUACUACUGUGGUUCCCUGGACAAGUCAAGCAGACUGCCCCAUAUACUGGACCAUGGGUUUACUGAAGAUGAUUUUUCACCCGGGGAAUUUGGACUUGGGCUUUAUUUUUCACGUUAUCCAUCAAAAGCAGCUCAGUUCUCAGUGCUGGGUAAAAUUCUAGAGGUGCGUGUGGCUCUGGGUAAAGUGGAGACGGUGAUGAAACAGGACAGGACAAGGAGGGCUCCAUCUCAAGGAUAUGAUGCUAUUUUUACGCCUGGCAGACUGUACAGACAAGGGGAGGAUGGGAACGGCGCCAUGUUGUGCCAGGAAUAUGUCGUGUUUAAUGCCAGCCAAGUGUUGCCACUUUGGCUGAUCUCAUACAGUGUUUACCCCAACUCAUAGACUCAAGCUACUGCUGACAGUCUACACACAGACUGAACAAAGUCAUCAUUGAUAGGAUUCUUCAGCCACAUAGACUCAACCGUUUCAUCAGUGAUAACAUUUUUCAUCAACUGCUUAUUUAUUUCUCGGAGAAAAUAUUUUAUCAUGCUCAAUUACUUGCAAAAUAAAUAAUGUUAGUAUACGUAUAUGAAUGUUUCAUAUUUUUAUAUGGGAUCUAUGUGCCAUAUAUUUAUAUAAUGUACACAUACAAGUGGAUUAAAUAUGUACAAGCAAUUAUUUGUAUUCUUCGACACAUAAGCGUGUGGCUGAAUUAAAAUCAGUG